AGAGAAAAAGAGAGAGGUAGAAAUAUUGUUGGGUAUUUUCCCUUUUUUUCCCCAGAUGCACUUUCAAUGGGGAAAAAUGAGGACCGAAGUCUGCAGCAACAAAGAGAGCAGGGUCUUGAAUCAGGGAACAAUGAAGGGCACUUAUGUGGGAGAUGUUGGCGGGUAUUGUCGAGCCUUUCUAAUGAGUUCAGUUUCAGAUGUGUUUUUGUCUUGUUCCUCAGCUUGUCGGUUUUGUUGCCUGGGAUCUUCUGGAUCCUUCCUAUACGAUCAGUGAAUUCUGGGUUCGAUGCUAAGCAAGCUAUUAAGCUUAGUACUCCGAUUCAUGCAUGUUUUACCCUUCAGAAACCAGUUUCGGAGCUUGUUCAGCAUAUUGAACAGUUAGAGUAUGAUAUCUAUGAAGAAAUCUGUGUUCCGCAAACCAAGAUAGCUAUCCUAUCCAUUCACCAUUCGGGUGUUAACUCUACUAAAGUGGUAUUUGGUGUUUUAUCUGAUCCCGUAAAGAGUCCGAUAAGUCCAGUACACCUUAGUGUGCUGAAAUCGUCGUUGGUUGAGCUGUUCCUUCGACAAUCCAAUCUGACUUUGACGACAUCAAUUUUUGGGCAUCCUUCUGAUUUUGAGAUCUUGAAGUUUCCCGGGGACAUCACUGUAAUCCCUGUACAAUCUGCUUCCAUCUUUCAGAUAACCCAGUUUCUGUUUAAUUUUACUUUGUAUAACUCGAUAUCUGAAAUAGAUGACAAAUGCGUUGAGUUGAAGGAUCAGCUUAAGUAUGGACUACGCCUGAGGUCUUAUGAGAAUUUGUUUGUGCAAUUAACAAACCAAAAUGGCUCCACUACGUCGUCACCAGUCAUAGUUCAGGCUUCAGUGAUUUCUGAUAAUUAUGGUAACCUUCUGCCUCAGAGAUUAAAGCAGUUGGCUCAAAUCAUUACUAACUCUCCUGCAAGGAAUCUUGGUCUCAAUAACUCGGUCUUCGGUAAAGUUAAAAGCAUUAGUUUAUCAUCUUGUUUGAAGGGUACACUUCACGGUACCCCUCCUACUCCUUCACCGGUUUUGGCUCCAGGGCCAUCGAUUUCACCGCGUUCCAAGGCUGUACCACCUCAGGUGCCAGCAUUGUCACCCAAUAUUCAUCAUUUUCCACCCUGUCCUAAUUGCAAUGCUGUUUCUCCAUCUGCUCAUAGUCCCCUGCAUUCACUGGAUCCUAGAACCGUCCCGUCUCUUCCCCCUUCAAUUUCACCUGCAUCCUCUAGUGUAGUGACUCCUGCCCCGCCCCCUUGUCCGUAUUCUCGUCCUGCAAGCCCUCCAUUAAGAUCUCAUUCCAACGUAAUUCCUAAGCACCCACCAGUAAUUAGUAGUCCCCAGUCACAGUUUCCCCCAAGUCUACCACCAUUAGCUUCAGUGUCUUAUGGAUCCCGUCCCGGCCAAGGUAUGGAGCGUACAAAAGGACCAGUUUCUGCACCAGUAGCUAAGCCUCCAUCUGCGCAAUCUCCGUCAUCCAUAGCAGUACGUGUUUUCCCCGAGGGAUUCUGUUUACUAGGAGUUUCGGGAUUCUUAAUCUUCCAUCUCCUUUUAUGAUCGAAUAGAUCCAUCGUGCCAUACCACCCCGAGUUCCAAAAAGACUGCCAGGUGAUGUUCAUUUCCAAUUUUGAUAUGGCAAGGACAGUAGAACCACCUGUGAAUAACACACCAAAAAGCGUCCGAGUUUUUCAUUUUCCUUCAGUCUAUGCAAUCAAUAUAUACAUAUUCGAACAAGAUAGAAAGAUGAACUGCUGGUCAAAGCCAGAAAGUUGGCAGGCCAUUCAUCUUGCUUCGGAUACGAUGUCAUCACGCAAGAGAAACGUGGGAUGUUUUUCCCCAAGGGAAUAACUCCUAGAGAUGGUUUGACUACUUAAGAAGCCGGCAUACCGUCUCCGAUAUCGAUUUAAGUGUAAAGAUUAUGAAGUUUCAUUUUGAGCAACUACAAUGUAGGCGAAAUGUAAAAGACUAGUGUUUUAUAAUAACGAGGGAUAGAUAAGAGAGAGAGUAUAUACUUGUAUUGAAUUGAGCAUGUUGAUUUGAUUCUUGUAAUGAAUGGAAUUCUUAAAUGGGAGGAUCAAAUUACAAGUCGAUGAACCUAGAAUGUAUGGUUCAGGUCAAUGCUGGCCUUAGCUUAAUAUUUCCAGACAGGUCCAUGCAGCCAGGACACAGGUGUAAAUGAA